CGACGAUGCGGAGGACUCUUCAGCGUGCAACCGUACAGAUGCCAGACAGAGUUUAAAGACAGAAAGAAACAGUGGUCGUUUUUACAGCGAAAUACAAACUACUUGUAAACUGUAAAUUUUGAUUUUUAUUUAGCGAUAUACAUUGAAAAGAGGGAUGUCGUGUUUUGGUGCAGAUCCUAACUUUUGUGCAACGUGUGGGAAUGUUCUUCCUCUACCAGGGAAACAUGAUGUUAUCCGCUGCCCUCGCUGCUCCUUUUCCAUUCCUGUAACAGAGUUUUCUGGCCAGGAGAUCAGGUCCACUAUCAUCUUUAACCCUGUGGAACAGUCAUCAUUGUCCCUGGAGGGUAUGGAGGACUCUGAGCUGAAGGGCCCUGUGAUUGACAGACGUUGCUCACGCUGCAAUAAAGAGGGCAUGAUUUACCACACCAGACAGAUGAGAUCUGCAGAUGAAGGCCAGACGGUCUUCUUCACCUGUAUACACUGCAGGUAUCAGGAGAAGGAGGACUCCUAAGAAGACGGAGCCGUUUGUCACUUUCCCCUGCCUACCCUGGUUACAGAAACAGAUAUUUCACAGGACAAAUUAACUGCUGAUGUUAGACGUUCCAUAGAAUUUGUUUGCAAUAAGAAAAGGAAAUAAACAGACAUACUUUUUGAGAGUGAUCGUGUUCUGCUGAAGAAAACUGAGACUCUUAAAGCCCCAGUAAAUAGUAAGUGAAUCAAGAGGUUUUACAAGUUUUAUAGUUAACCAUUAUUACUACUUACACAAUAUAAGUAUUGUUUUUGGUUCGGUUUGUUCAACACUCUAGCAGCAAAGCUAUUGGUUGAAUUCAUACCAAAUUGAAUUUAUAGACUGCCAGUGACCCAGAAUAGAUGUCAUUACAUUU